AUGAACUUAGUGAGACGAACGAAAAGCAAAAAGUCUUCCGACUCCAAGAAUCGCAUAACGAAGUCUUACAUGUUUUUGUGGAUCAAGGACAUGGAGAAGGCUAUAGCUUCUCAGGACGGCAAAAGUAUUCAGAAUUUGUUGAAAAAAGUACACGAGUACACAAAGUAUGGAAUAUCAAAGUACACGGUGUUCCAUUACCUUGUGAAGAAAAACAAAAUAACGAUCGUGGAUUAUCUGAUAAAACGCGGCUGGGACGUGAAUUCGGACGACAAUCGACGGGAGUAUCCCUUGUUGUUCCAAGCGUACAAUAACGUGGAGAUGACCAAAAUUUUGAUCAACGCCGGAGCCGAGCUAGACAAUGAUUUCUACGUACAUGGGAUGGGACCGUUGCACGUGCCCUGUUCUCUACCCGUGUACAAAGUGUUCAUUGAAGCUGGCUGCGAUGUGAAUGCAACCGAUGACUCUGGGCUCACGCCACUGCAUUUCGUCACCUUCCAGCCGAAUCCAAAAAAUUCCAAAAACACCAAAGAACUAGAACUUGGCAUCCAAAUGAAAACUGUUCUCAUCAAAGGACUUCCAUUGACUCAAGGUGACUCGGGUGGAAAAAAAGCUGGAAAAUGGUAG